AAGAUAUAUCUCAGAACCGGCAGCGAUUCCUUAUAGAAACCCUAGCUCCGCCGCCGCGCCUCCUCCUUCUCCGUCUCCAAUUGUCCUGAGAAGCUCCUUCCUUCCUUCCGUUGUUCUCUUUGGCUUUCCAUUAAUAUACUUAUCUUCGUUUCUCUGUGUUUGGUAUACUCGCUGUAAUAAUUUUGUGGUUGAUUCGUUGUUCUAUGGCACCGCCUGUCAGAGCUGCAACAGAUCCAAGCCAGAGUCUCGGCGGUGGCGUAGAUCUGUCGAGGCAGAACCCACCGUCGAAUACCUUGUGGAUUGGGAACGUGUCUCCGGCUGUAUCUGAGACAGAAUUGAGAGCGCUCCUCGAACAACACGGCAAGGUCGACAGUUUCACCCCAUAUCCGUCUCGGAACUACGCUUUCGUUUAUUUCAGAGAAAUCGAAGUUGCGAAAACCGUUAAGAAGGUUAUGCAGGGGUUCUUGCUCCGAGGAAGUCCGUUGAAGAUAGAGUUUGCGAAACCGGCUAAACCAUGUAAGAGUUUAUGGGUGGCUGGGAUAAGCCCUUCUGUUUCCAAAGAAGAAUUGGAAAAAGAGUUCUUAAGGUUUGGCAACAUCCAGGAGCUCAGAUUCCUUAGAGAUCGAAACACUGCAUAUAUAGAUUAUGUCAGAUUGGAGGAUGCUACCCAAGCACUGAAAGCCAUGAAUAGGAAAGAAAUUGGUGGUGCUCACAUUCGAGUUGAUUAUCUUAGGUCACACUCAUCCAGGAAAGAGUUCGGCUCUGACCCAAGGGAAGUUCAUUUUUUAAGUAGAAACAUGGGACUUGCAGAUUUACACUGGAUGGGAGAAGAUGCCUUGAUCACUCAUCCUGAGCAUAUCCUUCCUGGGACAAAGAUGAAAAGUCAUUUAAUGCUAGCAGGAUCAGAUGCACUGCCUAGUAGAGUUCUAUUGAUAAGCUAUCCGCCUUCUAUUGCUGUUGACGAAGAUAUGCUUCACAAUGCAAUGAUUUUGUUUGGGGAAAUCGAGGGGAUAAAGACAGUUAUUGAGAGGAAUUGUGCACUUGUGGAAUUCCGAAGUGUAGAAGAAGCUAGGUGUGCCAAAGAGGGUUUGCAGGGUAAACUCUUCAAUGAUCCUAGAAUAAGAAUAGAUUAUUACAAUGUUGAAUUUCCGGCAGUGAGAGGACAAGUAGGUGAUCCACUUCAACCACUUCAGAUGGACUUUAUUGGUCUGCACCGCGCUGUUUUGAUAGGAAAUAAUCCAGGGCAUGCAUCAUCUAUUGGAAUACAUGGACCUGAUGCUUAUACAAGGCCAUCAUUAGCACAUGCACUUCAUGGGCUGGAUGUUGUUGACCUUUCUGCUGUUCACAAAUUGCAAAAUCCCAGCCCUCGAAACCUGAUGGGAGGUCCUACUUGGCGGUCAUCUCCCACAUCCAGAUUAGUUUCUUCUCCUUCUGAAACUCUUAAUGCACCAAAGAGGUCUGCAUCUGGUGCUUGGGAUGUUUAUGAUGCUCUGAAGAAUGAAUCCAAAAAACCAAGGUUUGAUGCUUCCUUUCCCACUGAAAAUCAAAGUGGAUUGGAUGAGCGAUAUGGGCAGAGGUCUAUUAAUAGUGAGGCCCCUUCUAGUUCUAUAACAAGGGCCACAACUGUGGGGCGAAAGCGACAUGCUGACAAUGACUGCAUUUGGAGGGGUCUUAUUGCAAAGGGUGGAACACCGGUGUGUCAGGCUCGAUGUGUUCCUAUAGAGGAUGGUCUUGAUGCUGAGAUACCUUCUGUGGUUAACAUCUCUGCACGGACUGGGCUGGAUUUGUUGAGUCAACGUUAUGAGGAUGCUAUUGGAUUUAAUAUAGUGUUUUUCUUGCCUGAUAGUGAGGAAGAUUUUGCAUCCUAUACCGAAUUUCUGAGAUACUUGGGCUCAAGAGAGAGAGCAGGUGUGGCGAAAUUUGAUGAUGGAACCACCUUAUUUUUGGUGCCGCCGUCUGAUUUUCUGACAAAAGUUCUCAAAGUGUCUGGUCCAGAACGCCUUUAUGGAGUAGUUUUGAAGUUUCCUCAAGCUGCCCCUAAUGUGACUACUAUGAAUUCCCAGUCAAUUCAUCAUCAAUAUGCAGAUCUUCCAAAAAUGACUACCUUGUCCGCAGGAUACAAUGUUGUUCCCCGAGUUGAGCGGGUUUUGCCUUCGGAUAAUUCCAGGGCUCGGUCCGAUGAUUCUAAAGUGCCUUCUAAAAAUGUCCUUCCUGUUACAAGCUCUCUCCCUGCUGUCUCUGUUCCCCCAGCUCCCGUAGCAUCCCAGGCCGGUCUUACAUUGACUCCUGAACUUAUUGCUACUCUAACUUCAUUGCUACCUGCAUCGAGUACUUCUGGUUCACAACCUGCCACUGUACAGCAGACUCCCCCAGUUAUGGGUACACCAGAUGUUGAUAUGGCAGCCAAUCCUAAUGUUGGCCAUUGGAAGCAGAAUCAGGCUCUAGUGCAAAAUUCUCAGCUUGUGCAACAGCCAGGUUAUCAUGUGAAUCCCCAAUUGCAGCAACUUCAAGCAGGUCAGGGUACUCAUGUAAUUCCUAAUCUGGCUGGUGGCCAUUACCAUCAGGCAGUAAAUUCGUAUAGCCAGACAAUGACCACCGCUCAAGCUCCCGGAUCAUCUAAAUCUAUGCCUCCUGCAAUUCCCCUGCAAAAUUUGCCAGUUUCUGCAGGACCAGACCCCAACCUGCAUUAUCAACAUGGGAGUUCUCAGGUGGUUCCGAGGGGUCAGGUUGUAGACAAUCGAACGGAUGCCCUUAGGUUAUAUAAUCCUUCUGUUGUCCAGCAACCAGCGUAUUCGUCAGUUCCAUUAUCCAAUCAAGUGCAAGUUAAUAAUGUUCCUCAGUCACAGCCAUAUAUGCCGCUGCCUUCUGAUGUUGAUGUCUCACAUCAAAGUCAGGCACUUCAGACUGCUCCAUUUUUGGUUUCUCAGGAACAACCCGAAACUGAAGCUGAUAAAAACGAGCGAUAUAAAACAACCCUGUUAUUUGCAGCCAAUCUCCUUUCUCGGAUACACCAACCGGAGCCGGGUGCAGGGAACCAUUAAUGCUUGCUUCAUUUAUCAGGGAGGGAGGGUGCAACGGAUGGAUUUCCACCCCAACAACCAGAACGGUUCCAAUGCCAACGUAGUAAUUGGGAAUGAAUGCCGUCUGUCUAUUCAAUUCGACUCGACUUGACUCGACUCGUUAUCUUCUCAAACACAAGGCAACCAUUAUUCCCUAUCACUCUUUUCAACUUGGGUUUCUUUUGAACUUACUGUUUGCUCUGGACUUUGACUGAAUUGGAUAUUUUGCAAGAAACUCCUUUUGGCAAUAUAUAUGUUGUUUAUGUAAA